AUGGGAAUGUCAAAGAGUUUCUUCUCUUCUCUUGUAGGUUGUCUGGUUUUUGCAGUUCUGGUUCAAUCUCAGGAUCAAUCAGAAUUCAUAAGCAUUGAUUGUGGGGCACCUGCCAACUCCAACUACAUUGAGGGGACGACAGGCAUAAAUUACAUAUCCGAUGACAAGUUCAUAAAUUCUGGAGUGAGUUACUCCGUAGCCAGUGAUAUCAAAAGUAAGUAUCAACAGCAAAUUUGGAACCUGAGAAGCUUUCCUCAAGGAACAAGAAACUGUUACAAUAUAAACAUCACAAAUGGCUCUAAAUAUCUGAUCAGGGCUAUUUUUGUGCAUGGGAAUUAUGAUAGACAGAAUAAGUUACCAAGUUUUGAUCUUCAUCUUGGGCCUAGCUUGUGGCAAACAGUGGAAAUAACCAAUCCAUCAUCUGAAGUAAGCCCUGAGAUCAUACAUGUUCCAUUACGAGAUUACAUUCAGAUCUGUCUGGUUGACACAGGCUCCGGAACCCCAUUUGUCUCUGCUAUAGAAUUAAGGACUUUGGCCAACAAUAUUUAUGACACUCACUCAGGAUUCUUGUCACUUUACAAGAGGUUGGAUUUAGGCUCAACCAGCAAUAAAACAUACAGGUAUAAUGAUGAUGGUUAUGAUCGCUUCUGGUCAAGUCAAGUCUACUACCCGGCCUGGUCGCGAAUAAGUGCUUCAAUUUCUGCAGAAUCCUUGGGUCAAAAUCAUUACAAACCACCGGCCAUUGUUAUGAGUAAUGCAGCCACACCAGUAAAUGAGAGUGCUCCAAUGUUAGUGCAGUGGGAGCCCGCGAAUGCAACAGACCAAUUCUAUGUUUACAUGCAUUUUGCAGAGCUUCAAGUCUUAGAAAAUAAUCAGACAAGAUCCUUCACCAUUACCCUCAAUGGCGAUCUCUUUAGUGCUAAUGUUGUACCUGUAUUCAAAGGCACGACCACUGUAUUCAGCAAAAAAGCUGCCCGCGGAGAAAUAAUUAUGUUUUCACUUCAGAAGACUGAUAAUUCAACCCUCCCUCCCAUUCUCAACGCUAUUGAAGUUUAUACAUUUAAAGAGUUUUCACAAUCAGAAACAGAACAAGGAGAUGUUGAUGCAAUCUCAACAAUCAAAUCUUCUUAUGAGGUAACAAGAAACUGGCAAGGCGAUCCAUGUGGUCCUAUGGCCUACAUUUGGGAAGGUCUAAACUGUACUUAUAAUGGCCUGAAUUCCCCAAGAAUCACAGCCCUGAAUUUGUCCUCGAGUGGAUUGAUAGGGCAGAUAGAUCCGUCCAUCUCAAAGCUCACCAUGCUAGAGAAGUUGGAUUUAUCAAACAAUUCCUUAAGUGGACCAGUGCCUAAUUUUUUGUCUCAACUACGAAAAUUGGAGAUCCUAACCCUGGACGGCAACAACUUCACGGGUACAGUUCCCUCUGAUCUGGUUGAAAAGUCGAAGAAAGGUUCCCUAUCCCUAAGUUUUGGACAAAAUCCAUAUCUAUGUGAAUCUGCUUCGUGCAACAACAAGAAAAAGAACAACACUACUAUUCCCGUAGUAGUGUCAAUUGUUGGAACUCUAUUCCUUCUGGUAGCCGCGGUAAUCAUAUUUUUUACCCUUAAAAGGCGAAAACAAAGAGGAACAGGUCCAAUUGAGAUCUCACAGCAAUUUGAAAAAGUUGAAGAACCAAAAGACACAUCUCUGCAAGUCAUCAAUAGACAAUACUCAUACUAUGAUGUCCUCAAAAUGACCAAUAACUUCAGUACAAUUCUCGGAAAAGGUGGGUUUGGAACAGUUUAUUUGGGUUACAUCGAGGAAACUCCUGUAGCAGUUAAAAUGCUCUCUUCCUCAUCAGUUCAAGGCUAUCAGCAAUUCCAAGCCGAGGUUAAACUUUUAUUGAGAGUCCAUCACAGAAAUCUUACUUCCCUUUUUGGGUAUUGCAAUGAUGAAACCAACAAGGGGCUCAUAUAUGAGUACAUGGCUAAUGGUAACUUACAAGAGUACCUUUCAGGAAAAAGUAGCAGAUCAAAGUUCUUGACUUGGGAAGACAGACUUUGUAUAGCACUGGACGCAGCACUAGGCUUAGAGUACUUGCAUAAUGGAUGUAAGCCCCCUAUAAUCCACAGAGAUGUAAAAUCUUCAAACAUCUUGCUGAAUGAAAACUUCAGAGCAAAAGUAGCAGACUUUGGUCUAUCUAAAAUCAUUCCAACUGAUGAUGAAACUCAUGUGUCAACUGUUGUUGCAGGUACUCCUGGUUAUAUAGACCUUGAGUACUACAUAACAAACAGAUUGACGGAGAAAAGUGAUGUCCAUAGCUUUGGAGUUGUUCUUUUUGAAAUAAUCACAAGCCUACCAGUCAUAUCAUGAAACCAUGAGAAAACUCACAUAAGUCACUGGGUUAGCUCCUUGGUUGCUAAGGGGGAUAUCAAGGCCAUUUUUGACUCAAGAUUAAGCGGAGAGUUUGAUAGUAACUCUGCUUGGAGAGCUGUGGAAUUGGCAAUGACUUGUGUAUCUUCAAACCCCAACAACAGGCCAACCAUGAGUGAGGUAGUGAAUGAGCUAAAGGAGUGUUUGGCAACAGAAGUAGCAAGAACCAAACACAAUGGUGCUAACACAGGUGACUCAGUUGAAUUAGUGUCCCUGAAUAUGACAAGCACAGAAUUCUCUCCCUUGGCCAGGUAGUAGCUUGCCACAUAAAAGAAGUGUGAAGUUAUAUAUGUAAGGACAAAUUUUGGGUGAAACUCAGAAGUUACUGUUAACUUACCAAAACCUAGAUUUAUUAUUGGCUAAUUAUCAGUUUGUUGCGCCACUUGGUUACCAUUGGUUCUUAUUUAUUAUAUAUGCUAUAGAUCAAUCUAAUCACAUAUUAUGAUGAA